CUCUCUUUCUCUCUCAAAAUAAAUAAACACAAAUCUAUACAAAAUCACUUACCAAUUUUUGAGACGGUAACAAUCAGGAAUGCAAACAAAUGCCUAUGAAGUACUUUUUUUACCUGUAAUACUUUCCUAUGAAAUGCCAAGGCAAGGGCCAAGAGCACAAAAUAUUUAGGUUUCCCACAACAACUUCCCCUCCAGGCAAUGGCAAGAACAAAAUGACAGUAAAUUUCUACUUCAGCACACAAGCAUUUCUUCUUGUGUUUUUUUGUUUUGUUUUGUUUUGUUUUGUGUGUGUGUGUGUGUGUGUGUGUUUACUUAGAAAGAUUGUAUAUUUUUUAAAGGAAGGUUGGUUUAGCCUAAGUUCUGCAGAGCCUCCUUCAAAAAAGAGUUUUAAUCUUAGAGAAAUAAAAAGGCUAUCACUUAGAAAAAGUGCAGCUGGGUAGGCCUUUCAAGUUGUGACUUGAUUAUGGCAGGAGAAUUAACUUUUCUUGAAGUACCAAACCUCCUAACUUGGCUGGGUAGUGGCAAAAUGCUUGGGGACCAUCAGUCUUCAUUUGAUCAUAAUGAAUGAUAAAGGGAAAAUCACAAAUGUGCUCUGAUUAGUCGUCCAGUCGAUAAAUAUUUUCUAAGAGCCUAUCAUAUGCAAGAAGUUGCUGGUUUUUGUAGGGAGGACAGGAGGAUGUCUUUGGGGGUAAUUGUUUAAAGAUACAGGAGUUACAGUCUGGAUCUCAACGAAACUUCCAUUCUAGUAGAGAGAUAAAAGUACACAUAGCCCAAUCACAAGGUACCAAGAGUAGUUUCAUAGGAGAGGAUAAAAUGUAUGAUCGUUCAGAAGAAUAAGAGGAUGUUCUCAUUUAGGGAAUCAGGAAAGAGUUAAUGGAGGAGAGGUGGUGUGAACCAGGCUGUAUGGACAUAUGGAAUAAGGAGGAAUGAAAUUCCUGGUACAGGAGAAAUGAAGGUCAAGGUGUACGAGUGGGUAGACGGAAGGAACCUAAAGACAAAAGAGGGAAAUAAGACUAAAAAGUCGAACCCUAGGCUUAGAAAAAGGGGGCCAUAGUAAAUUGGAAAGAGCAUUGGCUUGGCAUAAACUGGAAUAGUGGUAUAUUUCCUUUUUUUCAAAGGGUCACAUUUUUUUCUUAUUUUAAUGUUUUUGAAAUCAAGAAAAACCUAACAGUCAAUAUGUAUAUUUAGUGUAAUACUUCUUUAUCACCUAAAAGAGGUUAUUGAAUCAAUGGUAUAUCCACAAUUGGUAGAAAUAUUUUAAUAUUCCAUGACUGUAAUUCUCUAUUUCAUGCACACUCUAUAAGCUUUUUGGAGAAAUAAGAAAAUGACACAUGCAAAAUACUUGUCAUACAGUGUGCUCAGUAAACUGACUAUUUUUACAAAAACAGGGUUGAACUAAGUUUGACAGGCAAGGGAGAAGUCCAGGAUUUCAAAAAGGGAGAGACAGGAAGAAUCAAACUUUGACAUCAAAAUCACCUUCCAAUAUUUUCAAGAACCAGUUAGGGAUGGAACGAACCUUCUUGGGACCCUAUUCCAAUAGUCUAGGCAAGAGGUAAUGAAGGGUUAAUCAAGGAGUGAACCAGUGACAGUAAGUGUGACCUUUGCCUUGCCUGAGAGAUGUUAUCACCAGGACUUGCCAACGGGUGGGGUGCAUCACAAGGAGAGGUAGUCGUGAUUGAGAGGAUUGUACUAUUAGCAGAAAUAGAAGACAUGGGAUAUGAUAUUGUACUUUGUAAGGAAAAAUAUGUGUUUGGUCAUUUAGAUAACCAAAUAUCUAUUUCUCAUAUAGUUGGUCUUCACAAUUCCUGACUCAUACCUCCCCAAACCUUUGGGAUUUCCUGUGUUGAGAGAGACAAAGGUGUCUCUUGUUAUGUUAAUGAAAUGACUUUUCUGUUUCACCUAAGGAGUGGGACUGGUUGCCAGGAGAAUCAACCUUGUGAUUGGAGGCUUGGAACUUUCAAUCCCACCCCCAACCUCUGGGGAGGAGGAAGCCUGGAGGUUGAAGCAGUCGCCAGCUGUCAGUGAUUUAAUCAAUCAUGGCUAUGUAAUGAAGCCUCCGUAAAAUCCAAAGAGGAGAGGGUUCAGAGAGCUUCUGGCUUGGUGAACACUUGGGUGUCUGGAAGAGUGCACACCAGGAGAGGACGUGGAAGUUCCUCGCCCUGUACUCAUACCUUGCCCUACCCAUCUCUUCUGUCUGGCUGUUCCGGAAUUAUAUCCUUUUAUAGUAAACCUGUAAUCUAGUAAGUAAAAUGUAUCUUGAGUUCUGUGAGCCACUCUAGCAAAUUAAUGGAACCCGAGGAGGAGGUUGUGGGAACCUCUGAUUUAGAGCCCAUUGGUCGGAAGUGCAGAUAACAAUCUGGACUUGUGUUUCGCAUCUGAAGUCCAAGGUGGGGGCCAAGGGAACUUCCAAUCUAUAACUGGUUGGUCAGAAGCACAGGUAACCUGGGCUUGCAACUGACUUCUGAACUGGUGGGGGAUGGAGGGAGGGCAGUGUUGUAGGACUGAGCCCUUACCCUGCGGAAUCUGAUGCUGUCUCUGGGUAGAUAGUGUAUGAAUUGAGUCAAAUUGUAGGACACCCAGCUGGCAUCCAAGAAUUGCUUGACAGCAUUGGGGGAAACCCCUGCACCCACACACAUGGUGAAAUUGGUGAUCUAGAACAUUUUAUGGGAGAAGCAGCAAGUGCGGAAGCAAAGCUGAUAUGUUUGAUUUGAGACCCCUUGAACCCAGCUCCAGAUGGAGAUGUCCAGGGAGCAUUUAGAAAUUCGUAAUUUCAUUUUGGAAAACAGAGACUAAAGAUGUCAUUUUAGAAUCAUAUUCAUUCAGGUGAUGGUUGAAUCCAUGGAGGCAGAUAAGAUUUGUAAGGAAGGGAAUAUACAAGAAAAAGAGAAGAAAAUUAAAGAAUGGAGACUUUAAACAGGAACCAGAGAAAGAAGAAUUUGAGCAUUUGGAGAAGAACUGGAACAGUACCAUGAACCUGAAUCCAAAGAGAAACAGUGCUAAACAUGAGCAUACAUUCACAAAGUGUGCCUUCUUGCUCUCCAGGAAAUGGAGACUCUGUAUACAGAAAAUCUGACAUUUGCCAUUCUGUAGCCCACUUGAAAGGUAAACAAGUAAAAAUACGAAUAUUACUUACUCAGUUGUGGGUUAAAGCCAUCUUCAGAUCCUUCUAACAAUAAUUUAAACUUCUGGCAGUUCCUUUAUGAAUUCUUUUUUCUGUAGAAAAGACAAUUUCGUCACAGGAAUAUAUUACAAGUAUUAAGAUAUCUUUCCCCUCCCCCCUGCUCCCAUAUUUCUCCAUUUUCAGUUUCACCUAUACAAAACAGGAGCUCUGGUAGCCUCUGCUGAGACUUUUCGGUAGAAAAUGCUUUGAAAAAGAAAAGAAAAGAAAAGAGAGAAGCAGCUAUUUUGAAGACUGACUUUCUAAAAUUAUAUUUAGGAUUAAGCGGCUGUAACAUUGCCAUUCGUCGCCGAGGCUCCUGGUUUCAGCACGUCUCCUUGGUUCCCAGCCAGUCCUGGGUGUUCAGAAGCUCUUCUACCAGCAAAGAAAGAGGAUUUCUUCCCAUUUGGCUCCAGCCUGGAAACAAUCCCAAGAAUGACUUGUAUUGGAUCAAUGGAGGUUGCAUACUCCCUCCCAAACGGCACACCAAGCCAGGAAGAUGGGUGAGGACACAGUGAGAAGGUGGCCAUCUGCAAGCCAGGGAGACAGCUCUCACCAGAACCCAACCAUACUGCCACCCUGACCUCAGAUUUCCAGUCUCCAGAACUGUUGACAUGAUGAAAGAAGCGUUAGAAAAACUUCAGCUCAAUCUAGUAGAGAUGAAAGAUGAAAACGCAACCUUAGAUGGUGGAGAUGUCUUAUUCACAGGCAGAGAAUUUUUUGUGGGCCUUUCCAAAAGGACAAAUCAACGAGGUGCUGAAAUCUUGGCUGAUACUUUUAAGGACUAUGCAGUCUCCACAGUCCCGGUGGCUGAUGCUUUGCAUUUGAAGAGUUUCUGCAGCAUGGCUGGGCCUAACCUAAUCGCAAUUGGAUCCAGUGAAUCUGCACAGAAGGCCCUAAAGAUCAUGCAACAGAUGAGUGACCACCGCUAUGACAAACUCACUGUGCCUGAUGACAUGGCCGCGAACUGUAUAUACCUAAAUAUCCCCAACAAAGGCCACGUCUUGCUACACCGAACCCCAGAAGAGUAUCCAGAAAGUGCAAAGGUUUAUGAGAAGCUGAAGGACCAUAUGCUGAUCCCCGUGAGCCAUUCUGAACUGGAAAAGGUGGAUGGGCUGCUCACAUGCUGCUCAAUUUUAAUUAACAAGAAGGUAGACUCCUGAGUUGAAGUCCCUCCCUUGUAGCCAGCAAUACUGCACUCACAAGGCCGAUAACUGUACCACUCCUAUCGUGUUCAUUGACAAUCUACUGUGCCACUGUGCUACUAACUCUGGUUUACAAAAGUCUGAUUCCAAGUUUGCUUCAUUCUGCACCCCCCCCCCGCCCCUUGCGGUGGUACCUAAGCCGUGGGUUUUGCUAAAUGAAUUAAGCAAUCUAGAAAAUAUAGAGCUAAUGAAUUAUUGAACUGUGAUUAAUAAUAGUAAAGAAACACUCAUUUUAGUGUUUGUAUUAUUGGUGUGAAAUAUAUAUAUGAUGUUUAGUUGCCAAUAUAUGCUAAAGGGUAUCUUCUUGAUCAGUCAGAUAGGCUGGGUUGUUUUGUGUUUUGUUUUUUGUUUUUCUCUGUAUCAUUAAUCAUCUUUGGUUCCUGAAAAAUUCCCUUGUUCCUGGAUCCUCUCCGUUUCCCUCUUUUUUUUUUUUUUCCUCUGAACUCUGGAAAUUUUGUUUCCAGUUAUUUUCUUUUGCCUUUCCCACUUCUAUUACCUUAGGUAAAAUCCACUGUCUUGCCUUCUGGAUACCUUCCUGCAGGCCUCCCCCAUCUGCCACAUCCGUCUCCUCUGGCUCGUGGCUAGGUAUUUGCCCACCACCUCCAUUCUCCCCAGGAAAGGCAGACAGGUCCCUCAGCAGAAUUGUGACCAAAAUCAGAGAGACUAUUUGGGAAGAGUUAACUACAAAGAAGCAUGUCCUGAUGGGGUUUGCCCCAGAUAACUAAAUUCCAUAAGUAGGACACCACAGCUAGGAAGGUAAAUUCAGCUCCAUAGGGUUGCUAGGAUCGUAGAUCAAGACACUUGGAAACACCAUAUGGGUACAAUGUCUUAGGAAGUCUUUUAAGUCACAUUCCAUGAAUUUUUGCUUUAUCACCAGCCAUUUACAGACCUUGGGGAAUACUCUUAUUUAUUCCAUCAGCUCAUUUCUAUUCCCACCCCCCACCCCCCGCCAUCGUGACUCACCCUAUUUCCAGCCUUCUACCCCCCUGCAAUUAUCCUGGUCUAACGACGUUAUUUCUUUCAAAAGAGACAUUGCAUCUAAAAGUGAUUAUUGAUGGUCUAGUGAGAGCCAGAUGGAGCAUGUACAGGAAGUGAUCCGCUUGGUGCUUGAAACCGCAGACAAUGGACAAUUCUACUUUGAAAUAUCUAUGAUUAUGUACUGUGGAAUUCAAUUAACACUUCUUUCCUCUCUAGCUUUUAAAUUACACAACCUAAAACUGAUGCCAGUCUCUUACAAAGAACAAUGCCGCAGUGAAGGGAGAGAUCAUUGUCUUUUACUUAAACCUGAAAGAAACAGCCUCUUAGCAGGCCAAGGAAAAGGUACUUUCCAAGGAAUGGUGACUGAUCCAGGCAUGUUAUCAAACUUCCUAGUCAUCUCCACCUUUCCGGUAUUGCCUGUAGCUUGUUGUUCAAGAUUAACAAUCAGGGAGAUUAAGAAAUAUGACUGAAAGUCUUGCUCUGCUUACCUAUGUAUUUCUAACCAACCAUUUCUUAGGUUUAGUGACCAAAUGGAAGUGAUAAGCCUCUGAGAAAACCAAGGCAUCUGUAACUACUAUCUGUCUUUUUCAUUUAUUUGAUGAUCUAAUGCCAGGAUUUGAAGAAUUCCUUUCCUCUCCUUUUUGCUUAACUUUAAAUUCAUUUCACAUGCAGAUAUAUAGCAUCCCAUGAAUGAACCAUAUCUUAGUCACUGUCAUAUUUGGAAUCGUCUCAUCAUAGGUGAAUAGUAUGUUUUUACCAGAGAGAAAAUGAAUGUUACCCACAUGCUCAAGUUAAUAAGGAAAAAUUGUCUUCCACAAUUAUGGUUGCCCUUUUGGGUUAAAUCUGGCUCUGAGCUGGCAAAAUCAGAACUUCUCCCUGGAAGAGUUCAGCAUCUCAGAAACAAUCUGGGGAAAAUUAACCUAGUCAGCCACAUGAGGCUUACUAGCAAGUGGCAUAUAAUUUUUAAUAUCCUUACUUCUGUCAUCCCCAACUGAAGAACUGUAUUAUAGUCGAUUGCAAGUAGUUAGAUUUUUCUUCUGAACAAUCUGUUCUGCAGAAGGCUGUUUUCCACCUUUCCUUUCCUUUGCUUGUACUCUUUGCUCCUCUGUCUCAAGAAGUCACUUAGAAUCUGUGUGCCCCUUCUACAGAAUCUCAUUCUAUGCUAUGUCAACUGACUAGGCUGUCUUCUUUAGACUCCCUACAUGAUGAUGUGAAAACCCAAAAUAUCUGCAGCAUAGUAGUAGUAUUUUUUGAUGUUCUCGUAAGCAUAAUGUUCUCUUUUCGGAGGAAAGAUAACCUGUUAUUACAUAGGUUCCCCUCUGGCCCGUUGUGAUUUAUAAGGAUAAAUAAACUAACAGAAGCUGCUCUUUGACAUUGUGAAGACAAUAGGAAUUAUAUUAAAGUAAGGAAAAGUUGAGUCAGAAUUACUUGGUCGGUAAGAUUCAAUCUAAUAGGGGCAAUAUAGAGAAAGUAUAUUAUUUAGCAUUAUUUCUUCAACUCUAAUGAAUCGCUAUAGAAAUCAGCAGGCAGAUCUCUAAUGUGUAUUGAUUGCUCUUUAAGCUACUGUGAACAGAUUACUAAGGCUAUCUUCUUUAUCUCUAAGGGGGAAAUAGUCUGUAGAUGAAUAAUGUGACUUAUAUAGAGUUGCAUGUUAGUCUUUGUAAUUAUUUAAUCUUUAACAUUCUACAGAACUCAGACAUGAUUUCAACAUGGUGUUAGAUGUGUGCAUUUUGAUUUGCUGACCAUCACAUUCCAGCCAAUGUAUGGUUAUCCACUCUGUGUGCCAAAACCAGUAAAUGCCUUUCACGGCUCUUUAGUCCAGAGAAGUUCUGCACUGAUUUUGGUCUCUUGUUGUCCUGAUCCUACAAGUAUACAAAUCACGAUGGAAUAAAGUGUGAAUUGUACUGUGA